AGUUCUCGAUCGGCUUUCGCAGGGAGAGGUAGUCAUCAUGUCGGAGGAGAAUUCAUUGAUUGAAAUCCCCCGCAGCGAGUGGACUAAGCUGCGAGAUUUGUAUGUCCAUAAAGAUACCGAUCCCCAAGGCUACCCAUGCAUUAAUAAUUUUAUCAAGUGGGUGGAGAAUGAUCCAGAACUUAAAGUUACAUUCCUAUCACUAAAUGGCGACUGGCAAAAAGAUGGAACCUUUGUUUUAACUGUGGAUUUGGGAACACCCCUUAAACACAUAUACUUUAACACUCUUGGCGACAAUUUGGAUCGUGUGACAAAGGCUCUAGAAUGUUUAAACUCCUUUGAGAAUAAAUACGUAUUUUUUGGAUUUUGUUCUCGACUGAAACCUGCGGUAGAACAUAUUGGCAAAAAAUACUACACCACCAAAGAACUUCUUAUUGUGGACACCCUUUGGUAUAGUGCAAGCAAGGAACUUAUAGAUACUUUUACCAUUGAAGUUCCUUCUGGAAUAACUCUUUUAAACCUGACUCCCGAAGACGCUGAAACAAUUAAUGAAAUUUGGCCACAUCGUGGACCCGGCUCAAUAAACUUUGUUAAAAGUUUAAUAAAGAAUAAUGUAAAUCUAGGAGCCUAUGAUGACAACGGAAAAUUGGUUGCCUGGUGUUUAAGAUUACCGAUCGGGUCCUUGGGUCUGUUGCAGGUCUUGGAAUCACACAAACGCCUGGGCCUGGGCAGCUUAUUGGUGAAAUCUAUGGCCAAAAAGAUUUCCGCACUAGGAGAUCAAGUUCUGGCCCCAGUGGUCACCAAAAACACGGCAUCGAGGGGCAUGUUUGAAAAAAUUGGUUUCCGAUCUAUAGACACAACGUAUUGGGCUGAUUAACAAUAUUACACGUACGGCCAACGUAAAUACCAAUAAGUGCAUUAAACAUUGUUAAAUGCAA